GUUUCAGGCCAUACUUCUUUGAAGCUUGUUCUUGUGUUGCUCCUACACUGACUCUAAUCUAUAAUUUUUAAUUGCUUGUAGAGUCCAAAAUGCUAUUCAUCAACGCCUACUUCGUUGUGGUGCUGCUGUUCUUGUGCCAAGUGGCACAUGGUCGUUUUCAUGAGGAUUGCUUCAAACUCUGCAAAGGUGUUGCAAACUACUCUGCUUGUCUUAGAAGCUGCACAAUGUCAAAAACGACAACGGCAGAAACAGCGACAAAACAAAAGACCGCGACAAAAGCAGAAACCAAGGAAUAGAAAAUUCUACCCAACUUACCUGUUUCUGACAUGUUUACCACUCGGUGGUCCUCGAAUUUGUUUUGGUGUACCUUAUCUGUCAAUCAUAUUUCGACGAAUUCUACUCUGCAAACAGCGAACAGAUAAGAAGGAGAAGCUGUGGUAG